UUAGGAAAUUAGGUGAGAAAUUGGCAAAUGAAAAUAUAUUGGUUUUGGAACGUGAUGCACAUGUGUUUAUCAGUUCAUCACUGUUAUUCUCUAAUAACUUUUGUUAUGAAAAUUAUUCUUUCAUAGAGCGGCUUUUAUGUUUUCAGAUAUUAAUACAUACCCGUGGGGCAGAACGAUUACACUCAUUGUGGGGAGUUGGUACACACACCUAAUACCUCUCUAUUCUUUUCUCAUCUCCUCCUCUCCUUCCAUGUCUGGGUCCCCUUUCCAGUGUCACAAGAUCUACCUCCCAAUCCCUUUCCUUGAUCUACCUUUUGUUUUGCUCCUUGAUUUAUUUCUACUUUGGGUUUAUCAUGUAAAAGAAGCCAUGUGAUUCUUUACCUUGCGCAUCUGAUCGAUUUCAUUUAACAUUACAGCCUCAGCACAUUUUUGAAAUUUCUAGCUGAAAGCCCCUACACAGGGUAUUUUUAUCUGCAUUGAAAGUCUACCUGUGCUCCACACUUUGGAGUUAGGCUAUACUUCUAUAAGCUAUACUUUCUCCAAAAACCAAAUCCAGAUGUAUCCACUGUCCACAGUAGGUGUGGGGAUAACAAUUAGACACAUCAUGGUGUUUCAUACUAACCACCACGUAAAAGAGUGCUCUGUAGAUAAAAGAGAUGUCAUUGCUGGACUUAGUGCACAGCACAGAUACACCGUCUACUCGCUAAGCUAACGUCUCUGGGAAAAGCAAGGCCAGAGCUGAAGGGGACAGGUGAAGUGCAGGACUCCAGUUCAUCUUCACCACUAACAAUAGUUGUGAUGAUUCUGCUCUAACCUGAACCUUUUUGAAAUUAGGACUUCAGUGGAAUCAUCUGUUUCAUCUUCAAGCCACCAUGAGCUAUCAGAAGCGCAGGUCCCAGAAGGUCCCAGUCGACCUGAAGAACAAUAUGAAGAUAGAGGACUACUUUCCUCAGGUCCCCAAAGAACAGCAGAAUUGUUCCAGUACCUCCCAAGUGAAGGUGAGAUCUAGGAAGAAGCCAAGGGAUAUAACUAAUACCCAGGAUCGAGGGUGCAGUUUUCCUACGAAGACUCCAGAAGACCAGACAGUGCCCCUAAAGAAGACCAUUUACGUUACCCUGAAUGUAAAUCACAGGAAAAACCAAAACAUGCAAAAUGUGCUCACUUAUAGUGAGAGGGCCAGCCUGUACGAGGCACUGCACACUCUCGAUGCUGUCAGAGAAGAGGUGAAGACACAGCAGGGCAAAGAAAUGCUGGUGUGUGGCAAAGAAAGAAUUGAAGGGUUCCUGAACCUUGGAAUGCCGCUCAGCUGUUUUCCCGAUGGGAGCUGUGUGGAAAUUACUUUCUCCAAACGUGUAAGUGAGCAGAAGGAAGACAAUCAAGUAUGUGGCCGGCGUGACUGGACAUCUACUGACUGCGUCAAAUUUUAUAUUCACGCAGUGGGAAAGACAAGAAAGAGGAUUGUUAAAUGUGGGGAGCUUCACAAAAAAGGGAACAAACUCUGUGUCUUUGGUCUCAAAGGAGAAACCAUCAAGGAUGCUCUGUGCAAGGAUGGCAGAUUUCUUUCCUUUCUAGAGACUGACUGCUGGAAGCUCAUCGGAAAACUGACCUCCCAUGUCGAAAGCAGCCAGGAAGUCGAUGCCAUGGAGGGCAAGCUCUAUCAGCUUGAGGCUGAGAAGAGGAGCAGCACUAGGGUGGCAGCCACGGCCACAGGCACACAGAACUGGGAGUUGGAGGAGCACAAAGCCUAUGUGCUCCAAGAGUACAUUGUGCGAGAGUAUCCCAGUUUGAACAGAGAAAGGGAAAGGAUCAGAGAAAACCUCAAGAAAGAAAUGAAAAUAAGAAAAGUGAACCAAAGCUCCUUGGUUAAAUUACACAGAACAGACUUUGGCAAACAGACAAAAAAUUCUACUCCAGUUAAAACACUCAAGCUCCUUUCCCAGCUCAGUGACUCGGUCGGAUUCUUACGCUGGGACAACAAUGGGAGCGUCGGCUGUGCUACCUGCUUUGUCUUCACGGGGCCGUUCGUGCUCACUUGUUUGCACGUGGUCCAUCACAUUGUGGGGAAAGGAGCAGAGCAGGAGAAGUGGGCAGACAUAAUCGGGAAAUGUGUACGGGUGACAUUCACUUAUGAAGAGUUCGCAACCAAAGACGACAACUGCUUCUUGGUUGAACCUUGGUUUGAGAUAUCCGAUGUAACUCUCGACUACGCUGUCCUGAAACUCAGGGAAAACGGACAACAGGUGCCUGCAGGACUCUAUAACGGCAUCGCCCCUACACCGUCUAGUGGACUGAUAUACAUUAUUGGCCACCCUGAAGGAGAAAGGAAGUCCACUGAUGCCUGCGUUGUGAUUCCUCAGAGUGAGCGAGAACAGGCAUGUGCGAGAAACGUCAGGAAGGCAAUGCCCGACAGUGACCCUGAGUUUGUCCACAUGUACACUCAAAAUAGUUUCCAGAAAAUUCUUCACAACCCUGAUGUUGUCACCUAUGACACCACUUUUUAUUGGGGUUCGUCUGGUUCGCCAGUGUUCGAUUCGCAUGGCUCACUGGUGGCCAUGCACACGGCUGGCAUCACUGUUGCUUACCUAGGGGCGACUUCUCAUUUCAUCGAGUUUGGCUCUGCUUUGCGGCCCAUCCUCUCUGACAUCAUGGAAAAGCGUAAAGACUGGUAUGAAAAAGAAUGUGUAAAUCAGCAGGAUGUAGAAAUGUUGAGUCAAGAGGAUUGAGGACUGGUAAGUGCUUGCCUAUGAGUUUGCUAUUCCACAGCAGUGAGGAUGGUCUUUGAAAUUCCAAAGCGGUCAAUUUCAGAAAGAUUUAAAUAGUUGAUAUUACAGACCAGCCAUUUCCACUAACCCAUGAAGAAACUAGUCCUGUUAUAAAGUGAAGCUGAACUGCCCGUUGCUCGCUAAGGUCCUUGUCCUUCUAGACGGGCAAAGGACGAUGGCUCAUCAAACAACACCCGUCUUGUUGCCUCCUUCAGAUCAGUCAGGGUGAGACUUCUGAUCCCUGGCUAGGCUGGGUCAACGGCCCUCCUCAGCCUGAAGCCCUUGUAGGAAGACAGCCCCUCAGCCCCUCUGCACCCCUUAGGCAUAAGGAAUCAUAGCCCUGGGGUUGGGGAUCAGGCAGAGUACAACAAAUAAAGAAGGUAGGAGGGAGACGAGGAAAGUUAAAACCUGUAAAUUGUGCUAGGGCCGGGGAUUUAGCUCAGCAGUUUGGUGGCCUGACUUGAAAGCACAAGGACCUGAGUUCAAUCCCCGGUACAAAAAAAAAAAAAAGAAGAAGAGUGUGACUUCGAGACCCAGAGCGACCGAGGUUAUCCCUAUCCAUACCCCUCCGAGCCUGUUUACGGGCCUUCUCUUCCAGAACCAUCAUAGCACAGAUCCUUGGAAGAUCAUCUAAGUCUGUAAACUAACUUAACUGAUAAAGUCAAGACCUUAAAAGAAAUAGAGUCAAAGCUUUCAAAGAAUGUUUUUAGGCAAAAUAUUUUAGAUGACUCAUGUUUCAAAAAAUACAGUACACUGGGCCCUGUGCCUUUCUCCUGUAAAAUGAGCCAUUAUAUUCCUGCUCACGUGUGGUACAUCACUUUUUUCCUGUAAACUGAUUCCAUAGAUUCCCAAAUCCACAGAUUCGCAAGUUCCACUCCCAAAAAUGUAAAUAUUCCCUGCUUUAGCUAUGACGCACCUCCCUCCCUUCUGAGGGCUCACACUCUAUUUCUCUGAGUGUAUACUUUAAAAUCCUGCCUUGUGAUCCCUUUAUGCUUCUUUAAAAACUUAGUCCUAACAACUCCAGGAAGUUCCGGCCCCCAUUAGAGUCGAGCAGUAUGCACCACGGUAAGAUGAACGAUCGGUUGCCUGACAAUAACUGUCGUGUAACUUGAUGUUUUUCGUCUUCAAUUUCUUCCCCUAAAUUCACUUGCCUAGGAGAAGCAGCUCACAUUUGUUCAUCUAGUUAGCCUAGAUGUGUGAGACCACGUCUGGGUCAACCAGAAGCAAA